AGGGUUUGUUGAUACGGUUGAUUGCAAUCUGGAUUAUGGAGAGCUUCCCCAUGGGCCUUGUGGGGACGUCCGCAUCUCUAUAAGACCUCUCUGCCCAUCCAGAAUUUGUUCUAUUCUCAUCUCUCCACAUCGACACGGACAAAUAUCAACCAGAGCAACAUGUCGUCGUUACACGAUGAGAAGGUCAACGACCUCAAGGACUCCUCCGCUUUCCACGCCGAAGUUUUGGGCGACAAGGAAGUCUUGGGCAAUGCAUACGAAGCCGAAACUCGCGAGCAUGAGAUGGGCAUGUGGGAGGCUGUCAAAAGUUAUCCUUGGGCCUGUCUCUGGGCAUUCAUCAUGUGCUUUACUAUUGUCAUGGAAUCAUUCGACAUGUUCCUGAACGGUAACUUCGUUGCCCUCGGUGCUUUCCAGCAAAAGUACGGUGUUAUGGUUGCGGCUGGAGAGUUCUCAAUCCCUACCAAGUGGCAGAGCGCCCUUUUCCAAGCCGGUCAAUGUGGUGCCUUUGUUGGUGUCUUCCUCGCUGGACCUAUCACCAACCGUAUCGGUUACCGAUGGACUACCAUCCUGGGUCUGAUUCUCAUGAUUCUCACCAUCUUUGUCUCGUUCUUCGCCAACUCGCUCGCACUUCUUGUAGUCGGCCAAGCACUGGAGGGUAUUCCAUGGGGCUUCUUCAUCGCCAACUCUCCUGCAUAUGCGUCCGAAAUUGUACCCCUAGCGCUCCGUGGUGCCUGCACGGCUACUCUGCAGAUGUCAUGGUCAAUUGGUUCCAUCAUCGUCGCUGCCGCAACAUACUCUUACAACAAACGUAACGACGAGUGGGCUUGGAGAGUUCCUAUCGCCCUCCAAUGGAUCUUCCCUGUUCCUCUUUUGGUUCUCGUUUGGCUUUCACCUGAAUCUCCGUGGUGGCUUAUCAGACGCGGACGCAAGGAGGAAGCUCUUCGCUCAAUCAAGCGCCUUGGAAGCAAACGCGAGGGCAACAACGAGGAGACUCUUGCCAUGAUGGAGCGAACUGUUGAGAUCGAGGCUCAAGCUGGAGGCGCUCCCAAGCUCACUGACUUGUUUAAGGGCAACGAUCUCAGACGUACACUCAUCACCUGUUUCAUCUACAUGUCUCAGAACUUUGCUGGUAACCACUUGAAUAACAAAGCUCUAGAUCAAAGAUAUNGUCGCCGUACAAUUUACCUCUACGGCACUGCAUUCAACGCUACCAUGCUAUUCAUCCUCGGUGUCUGCGCUACUGUUAAGCAAACCAACGGUACCAACUAUGCUCAGGCCUGUCUCGGUAUUAUCAUCUCCUUCGUUUACGCUGGUACUCUCGGACCCAUCUCGUACUCUAUCAUCGCCGAGACUUCGUCCGUUCGUCUUCGUGCCCUGUCCACGGGUGUCGGUCGUGCCGCGUACUAUGUUGCUGAGAUUCCUAUGAUCUACCUGGCCUCAAAGCUCCUCAACCCUACCGGAUGGAACCUUGCUGGCAAGUGUGGCUACGUUUGGGGUUCCACUGCCGUCAUCUGCUGGCUGUCGGCCUACUUCUUCCUUCCCGAGCUCAAGGGUCGCUCGUACCGUGAGCUUGAUAUCUUGUUCAACCGCAAGACUCCUGCCAGACAAUUCAAGAAGACCAUCAUCGAUGUCAAGGAUAACGAUUAG